ACUUUUUAAGCGUCUUCCCCUUCUCCACCUUAAGGCGAGCAGCAGCGGCAGCAACCAAUCACCAUGCCAUUACAGCCUUCAGAGGAAGCUGUUUAUGGGACUGCAGCGCUAAUUAGGCUCAUGAACUAACAAAUCUGCCUGCACGAACCCGGCGAGGAAAACGAUCACAUCCAUGGAUUAGUCUGGGAGUAGCCGAGCACUAUUUUAUUCUGGCUUUCUUGACACAGACGCCUUUUCCAAACUUAUUAACUGCUCACAAACUUCCCCCGUUCUUGUGCGUGGAGUAUUUUUGAAGCGACUGAGCCUAUACAACUUUAACUUAAGCUGGGGAAUCUGGACUAUCAGACCAUGUUUCAGCCUACACCCAAGAGGUGUUUUACGAUAGAGUCUUUAGUGGCGAAGGAUAAUCCUAUACCGGUGUCCCGUUCCGAGGAGCCCAUCAGGCCAGCGGCUCUAAGCUAUGCAAACUCCGGCCAGAUGAACCCCUUCCUCAACGGCUUCCACUCCAGCGGCAGGGGCGUCUACUCUAACCCGGACUUGGUAUUUGCCGAGGCGGUCUCCCAUCAGCAGAACUCCGCCGUCCCGGUGCAUUCGGUCGCCCCACCGCACGCUCUGGCUGCUCACCCGCUUUCCUCUUCGCACAGUCCGCACCCUCUUUUUGCCAGCCAGCAAAGGGACCCAUCAACUUUCUACCCCUGGUUAUUACACAGAUAUAGAUACUUAGGACAUAGAUUUCAAGGUAAUGAAACGAGUCCGGAGAGCUUCCUUUUGCACAACGCGCUAGCCAGAAAGCCCAAAAGAAUCCGGACAGCUUUUUCACCCUCGCAACUCCUACGGCUCGAACACGCAUUUGAGAAAAACCAUUAUGUAGUGGGAGCAGAAAGAAAACAGCUCGCACACAGCCUUAGCCUCACAGAAACUCAGGUAAAAGUGUGGUUUCAGAACCGAAGGACGAAGUUCAAGCGACAGAAGUUGGAGGAGGAGGGCUCCGAGUCUCAGCAGAAGAAGAAGGGAUCGCAUCACAUAAACAGGUGGAGACUGGCGACUAAACAGUCGAGCCCAGAGGAAAUUGAUGUCACUUCGGACGAUUAGAAAAUACUAUAAGCGCCUGAGUGAAGAAAGACGUGGAUACAUGAGGCCACUUACAGACAGUGAGAGGGUAAAAAGCCAACGUCACAUUUCUAAUAUCCGGAGAUCGGCAGCUGAGGGUGAGAGAACCCGGACUGGUGGCCCUGCUGUCACCAAGUGGGUCUGUCAUUCCAAAUGUCCCAGGAAAAGUGACUGACAGAGUCAGUCCGACUACCUGAUCCCUUCCACGUACAAACCUCCAUCACUGCAAUCUACCACCACCUUUUUUCUCCAGUUCAUAUUGGACGUUUGCACUUCAGAAGGUUUUUAGCAAAAAAACAAAAAGAAAGAAAAAAAGAAAGAAAACAAGUUUCCACUCAAGAUACCAAAACACCAAACAGCUUUUUUAAAACUUGAAAUGCAUGGAAUAUUUUUUUCCUGGUAGUUGUUUUAAUUUGACACGUUAUCUCAAACAAAGAAGAAAAAAUAACAAUAUUGUUUUUCACUCUAUUUUCAAACUGAGAUAUGUCGUGAUAUUUCCUUUUUACACAGUGUGCAGUCUUUAAUUCAUGAUUCUCGUGUAAAAGUGAUUGUGAAAACAUAUGAAGUAGCGGUGCUGCGUUAUAGUGUUUUGUUUUAAACAUACAAAUUUCGAUUGAAAACUGAAUCCGACCACAUAUGAAGUACUUAAAGGGAAGAAAUCAGGACAUUCCUUUAACCUAAAGCUUUACCAAUGUGUUGCUGCGGCCCCACGCAGCCUUCUGUCAGGACUUGACCCUGCGGUGAAAGUUGCCACGAAGGACUAAAUGCAACAAUUCAGACAGAAAAAAAAACUUCAAGCACUGAGCGUAUUCCAUGUACAGAAAUGCUAAAAAAUUAAUGUUUCUGUUAAACCCUCUUUUACAGAAUGUAAAUAAUUUUUGUGUUUGUGUUAAGUUUGCUACAAUUUUAACACAAAGUAUAUACUUCCAAGAAGUAUGUAAUUGUCAAU